GGCGUGUCAAGAUGGCGGCUACUGUGAUACGGCGAGUUGCGGCGCUGACUCGGGUCCCGGCGUGGCGCCGUGCCGACCCGCGCCGCUCCCGGCACGCCCUGCGGCCGGCGCCCAGGUACGUGCCCCGACGGGCGGUGCUCUACGUGCCCGGGAACGACGAGAGGAAGCUGCGCAAGCUGGCGUCCCUCCGCGCGGACUGCGCCGUGCUGGACUGCGAGGACGGCGUCGCCAUCAACAAGAAGGAUGAGGCCCGGGAAACCAUUGCAAGGGUGCUGCCGGAGCUGGACCUGGGCCGCACCGAGAAGUGUGUGCGCAUCAACUCGGUGUCCAGCGGCCUGUGGGAGCGUGACCUGGAGGUGCUGCUGCGCUGCGACCCGUUGCCUACUGCCCUCAUGUUGCCCAAGGUGGAGGAUGUCUCGGAGGUGCAGUUGUUCAUGGACCGAUUUCGGCACCAUAUGAGCGGCAGGUCGCCGGCUGAGCCCAUCCGCCUGGUCACAUUUGUGGAAACCGCGGCGGGCCUGCUCAAUUUUAAGGCCGUCUGCGAGGAGGUCCGGCGACUCGGCCCGGAGGUCGGCCUGCUGCACGACGCCGUCGUCUUCGGCUCCGACGACUUCUGCGCCAGCAUAGGUGCCGCACGGACCGGCGACGCCCGCGAGCUCCUCUACGCCCGACAGAAGGUGGUCGUGACGACGAAGGCCUUCGGCCUGCAGGCCAUCGACCUUGUUUACAUCGACUACCGGGACGAGGAGGGUCUACGCAGACAGGCGCGAGAGGGCGCGCUCAUGGGCUUCACGGGAAAACAGGUCAUCCAUCCCAACCAGAUCAAGGUCGUCCAGGAAGAAUUUUCCCCAAGUCCCGAACGGGUCAAAUGGGCUCAGGACCUGAUCGCCGCCUUUGCCGAGCACCAGAAACUAGGGAAGGGCGCCUUCACCUUCCAGGGCAGCAUGAUUGACAUGCCUUUGCUCAAGCAGGCCCAGAACAUCGUCACCCUGGCGGCUUCCGUCGCGGACAACUGGAAUGGGAGGGGGGUGUGGUGUGCGGGAUUGGAUUUGUGCACCGCUGCCUGCCCGGCCCAACCACCCCCCCACCCCCCCCCCCAAGGAUUGUGCUCCCAGAAGCAGCCCUGCAGAGUGCUGACAGUGUUGCUGGGACGAGGGCAACGGCAACACCCGGGGUCCACGGGUCGAUAAAGCAGGCCCCACGGAAGCCCCCGCCCUCCCCUGAGCCGUCAGGGCGGGGGGGCGGUCUCCCACGGCCCGGGGCCGCUCGGCGAAAGGGUAAACGAACGGAACGGCCCGCCCGCCCUCGUUCCGCCGCCGAGCCGCACGCUCCGCCGCCGCCGGCCCGCGGGAUCCUCCUCCGUGCGGCACCGGGUCAGAGCUCCGCCUGCCAAAGAGCCUCGGCGAAUUUCCCUAAACCGACAAUCGGAGAUUUUGUUCUCGGCCUCGUCGCCGAGCGCGAGCGAAUGAAUUCCUUUAAAGCGGGCGCACACCCCGAGCUGACCUGCACAGCAGCACGGCCGAGGCGCUCGCGCACACGCUCCGCAGGAGAGUCUGUUUGGCCUCUUUUCACCGCGUCAAUAAAAGCCAGUUUCACUAAAGCU